CUGAAUUUAAGAAUUCUAAUUACUUUUUGAAUAUUUAUGAGACUCGGAUGAUGAAAAUCUUCCGAAAAAGUUCGUCUUCGGCUUUUGGUCGGAAGCUAAGAAAAUUGCUGUUUUGAUAAUUAUUUAAUAAAUACUUAGAAUUCUUAAAUUCAGGACUUCGUUAGGUGCGGCCCAGCCUUAAGGAGUUAAUGGAAAUUUAAAAUUCGAGAACUUGUUAGAUACAGUCCAGUCUUAAAAUGUAAUUGAAUUAAAAACUUAACCAUUAAAACUUUUCUUAAAAUAACAAAUAGUACUAAUGGAUCCACAUGAGGUAGAAUUUCUCGGUGAAAAAAAUCUUGUUGAGAUUGUUCCUAAUUUUAACUUCGGUCAAAUUCACUUAAUUUCUGGUUCAAUCGGCCCAUUUCGUGCUAGUUUACCAGUUAAAGUGCCAAUUUGGUUAGCUAUCAGUCUGAAACAACAACAGAAAUGCCGAAUUCUUUGUCCCGAUUGGAUGCAACUAGAAAAUCUUGACUUCAUCAAAGAAAAUGAAAAACAGUCAAAGGAUUUUACGGCAAUGCCAAGUAACCACUAUAUGGAUGUGACCCACAUAUUGCUGAAUGUUGCUUCAGAUGAUUUCGUUAAUGUUGAUAGCAUUCGGACGAUUACAAAAGAUAUCUGGGAUAUGAGGAUGUCCAAACUUCGUACUUCGAUUGAUGAUUUAUUCAGAGAUCAAAAUGGAAUCCAUGCUCUGUUAAGUAAUCUUACAUUGAUGGAAAUCACUAGUUUACGACCAUUCGUACCAAGUUCUAUGGACCAAUUACAACGCAUUAAACUGAGCGAAGAUCAUGUAAGAGCUUCUCAAACUCAAGGCUCGCAGUAGACGAAUUUUAAAUAAUGGCGUGGCUUGUUAAUCGAAAAGAAACAAAAAGUAUUUCUCUGUAUUUAUAUCAUGUUAAAAUAUAAGAAUAAACAUUAAAAGACGUAUUAUUGUUUUAAAAAACAUUAAGUUAUAAAAUUUUGUUAAUUUUAUUUUAUAAAAAUCACUAGCAUUUCAAUCACGAUUUUAAUAUAUGUUACUUAGAAAUUUUUACAACAGUAGAUCUAUUUACAAGUGUCUUAAUUCGAGUUUAAUUUUUAAAAAGUAUUUACAUAUUAAAUUUAAUUCUUAAUGUAUAAAGUAUAAGCCCUAGCGGAUCCAAAUUAAGGUAAUCA